AUGGUAGAGUAUUUCUCAGCGUUGAAGCCGAGACUGAUGUGCGACAUUUGUGGUGAGCACCAGCGUCCUUUCGUGAGGAUGUUUGGCUGUCACGAGUGCAACUACGAUGUGGGCCUCUGCUGCGCUCCGAGGUUCCAGGAUGAAGUUUGGGUGACCAACUGGAGAAGCUUGGAGCAACCGUAG